AUGUCGUUUCUUGUCAUUAACCAUUGAAAAUUCUAGUUUUAUUUAAUAUUCUGUCAUCAGUUUUUAAAUUGCACUAUUUCUAUUUUGUAUUGUUUAUGUUUUAUAAAGAUUUACAUUUAUAUAUUAAUUCUAACAUUAAUAGAAUGUGUCUUAAGUAAUUUGUAAAGAUUUGUAUAUUUUUUAUAUAGUCAAAUGAAAAAUGAAUAAUAACAGUUCCGAUUAUAUUAAUUGGUCAGAACUACACUGUUCUAAAGGUGCCCUCACAGACUAUUAUGGAUGGUUCAUGCAGUUUUUGUUGGCUGUAUUAGCAUUCACUUGUUUAAUAGGUAAAAGGUUUUGUGAACCCCGUUAUGCUAGAAGACCAUGGUUGAUUUGGUUCUAUGAUACGUCUAAACAAGGACUUGGUGCUCUCAUUAUACACGCAGCUAAUGUUUGGCUCUCUCCACACCUUCUAGGAAACCCUUGCACUUGGUAUAUUUUAAAUUUCAUGUUGGAUUCAACACUGGGCCUGCUAAUAAUAUGGGCAGGCAUCCGUUUAGCUCAAUAUUGUGCUAGAACAUAUGAUAUCCCACUCAUAAACUUUGGAGAAUAUGGCAAACCACCAAUGUGUUCAGCUUGGAUAUGCCAGUGCAUAUUAUAUGCUGCCCUUGCAACAUUCUCCAAAUCGGUGCUAGCCCUUGUGCUUCGGUUGCCACCAGUCGUAACAGUAUUGUCAAGACUGCCACUCUCACCUGUCUCUGAUCCAAGGCUAGAACUUGCAGUUGUGCUUCUCAUCAUUCCAUUUUUUGUUAAUAUAUUAAUAUUUUGGGUAACAGACAACUUCCUAAUGUAUCAUCCGAGAGGAGUUCACUCAAGAAUUAAAACGAAGGUGCGAUAUCAGUCUAUAAAGAAAGAGAAAUCUGGCUCUGACGAAGAGGAGCAUUCUGCUGAUGAAAGGCUGUUAGGUGCUAGUGUAUGACCCUACAGCCGGCCCACUGUUUUCCGGGCAUAACCAUUGUAAUCUCUUAGUUAUGUAGGUAGGUAACUGCCACUUGUCUUUGCUAUCUGAAUUACAGUCAUGAGUCUAUUAGAUUGUCCGUAAUAAAAUUUUGUGUGUAAAAAUCGAAUUACUCUUGAAGCGAAAAAUACUGUUUAAAUCAAACGCCUUAAUAAAUCUUUGUUAUAAGAAUAAGUAAAAUGGGCAGAAGUGAGCUUUAUAUGCUUUCCUUUGUGAGUUUGGCGAUGCCUCCUAAUAUAGCCUUCUUCACCCUUCACACUAUGUGGAAUGUAAAGGGAAGAAGGCUAUAUUAGUUUGUAAGAAGUGCUACAAAUUUAUUCACAUAUAACAAUUUUAUGUUAAGACUAGACGCGACGCACGCGUCACAUGUUUAAGUCAGCAAGAGAGAUGCUCUCAUUGUGUCUGUUGCUUGCAAACCCUGACUGAUUUAACUUUUAAUAAGAUGUGUCAGUUCUACCUGUAUAUUUAUUCUUAUGGUUAUAUAUUUUAAGGUCUUUUAUCGAUUGCUCACUUCUUCUUUGUACGUUAUUGAUAUAAAUGAUUAAAAAUUAUUGAGUUUUCGGUACAUGAAAUAUCAUGCGUAGCGUAGUAUCAAACAAAUUUGUUCAUAUGCAAUAUCUGACAUGUUAAUUUAGUGAAGGCAAGUGGGACACUGAACAAAAAAUAAAUCAAUAUCAUGUAAAUGGUUAGAAAAACAUCUAGCAUGUUGCUAAAUAAUUAUAGUCUAUUAACUAAUUUCGAUCUUUUAGAAUGUACAUUGAUUUUUAUGAGUACCAACUUUUAAGAAAGAUACAAGAAUGUUUUUCGAAAUCACUGGCAUAUAGUUUAGUGUAGUGACACCCUUGGUUUUCAUGUCAAUUGGGUAUUUAAGUCGUCUAUAAAUAGACGAGAGAUAAAAAGCUAUGUCAAUCUUUUGCCCGUUAAAAUAGAAAACAAGUCCUUGUGAAGAACACAAUGUGAAAUUUAGCUUUUAGCAUACAAUAUCCUGAUUCCCAUUAGGUUUUUUUGACUAAGAUAAUAAAAUAUAUUAUUGUCUCUUCUAAAAUUUAGCCACCUCACAAAAUGACUUUGCUCUUAAGUCUGGUAUCCCUAUUAUAACAUAGUGAAGCUCUGGUUUAAAACUAUUUUUUAAUACUGACCCUGUAUUUAGAAUGUCUGUAGUCUAAUUGAAAACACAGUCGGUCAUCCGGUUGAGCUAAAGGUUAGAUUUUUCACUUAAUAUAAAUCUCUGGUUGUAAUAAAAAAAUGUGCACUCUAGGAGAUGGAAUAUGGUUAACUUGCUGUAUACAGGACUUUGGCAUAAUUUGUAUGCAUUUGUAAAGUAUAUUAUGUAUAGUUAUAUCGGCAAUUAAUAUGUUAUAUCGAAAAUGGCCUUUAUUUGUACCUAUUGAUUGAAUAAGGCAAUAUAUUAUUAUAUGUAAAUACUAUAUACAUUUUUUUAUAUCAAAAGUGUUCAUUUAUAUUCCUGUAUAUCCGUAGAAAAAUAUUGUGAUAUCCUUGUUAUUGUACCUAAUUUUCUUAUCGGUUUUAAUAAUAAAAUUUAGAAAUGAAACAGUACAAAAAUACCUAUGUUUCCGUCUUGUAGUGUUCACAAGAAAAUUAGUAUUAUAAAAAGAUAUUAGCCUAAAAUAGCAAUACUCCAUUCCGUUAAUGAUGACGAUAAAAUCAUUGUUAAGUACAUUACUCAGCUAAUUAACCAUUGAUAAAUUUUAUUUUAUAAUUUAAUGGAACCACUGGUUAUUAUUUAAAAAAAUGGUAGAAGCAGGAAUUGGAAUAUUUUUGAUGUUGUUCGAGAACCCAAAUAUGUACAAAGCCAUUUUUAAUUAAAAAUUGUUAUAUAUUUUUAUAUAUUUAUUUUUAAAACGAAAAUGUAAACGUUCCUAAAUGGUAUAAGUACUUAGAUUCUCACAGUAGUGCCAUGUAUUGAUUUGAUUUAAUUUGAAAAUGUACUAACACAUCGAAUUAAGACUGAUCAGUCUAAAAAAAACUAUCUUCCAACAAUGUGUAUAUUAAAAAUGUGGUUCACUAAGUACCCUCGAAUCACUUGAGAGAUAAAAUUAUUUUUGAAACAUUCAGACGUAAUUGUUUAAUUAAUGUCUGAAUUGACUCCACUAUCAUUGUUAAUAUGCGAAGAUGUUUAAUGUGAUACUUUAAAAAAUUUAUUUAGUAGAGAUGAAACGGAUAUCCGGUAACUAUCCGGUAUCCGGCCUGUCUGGCGGCCUUAAUACUAUCCGGCCGAAUAGUAGUUAUCCGGUAUUCGUCACGCCGCUGAAUUAAAAAAAAAUUGAUAAAAAAAUAUAUUUUUAAUUAUUUAUUUGCUUUGUGCAGUUAGUCUUAGUAUCACUUAAGAAAUAUAAUUAGUUUUAGUUUUAAAUUUUUAAUCACACAAUAGUAAAUUAAUGUGUAAAUUAAAAAAAAAAAUAGAAAAUUAAUUAAUUAGUACUCAUACUGCACUAAAGGCAAAUUAUGGUGAUUAAAUACUAAUUUCUCUGCAUUGGAGGUAGUAAGCGGUUUAGCUUGUCUUUAUAAAUAAGGCUAUCUUCAGAAAAAAGUCUUUCGCUAUACACAUUGCUGCAAGGUGCUGAAAGAUAGAUUAUGGCAAACUUUGUUAAAUUUGGGUAUUGUUUUGCAUUAGGUGUCCAUCAAGUAUAAGGGUCACGAUUGCGAUCAAUUCGCACUGACAGCCGGAUAUCCAGCUAUUCGGCCACAUGGUUAGCUGAAUAUCCGGUAUCCGGUAUCCGGCUAAACUGCUAUCCGUUUUAUCUCUAAUAUUUAGUCCAGCAGAAACUAUAUAUUUUACUAUCGUAAAGUAAAAAUACAUAGUCUCUGUAUUCUGAAUGGAUUUGUGAAGGUUUUUGACUUUUUAUGUAUCUUUAUACAUAUAUUUUUCGAGUCAACGAGUUAGUUCGAUAUUUAAAACAAUAUAAGACAGUGUAUCAAGUCAACUUUUUGUGAUGAUUAGAUUUUAUAUUACUUUUAUUUUAAUUAAAAAACAUUGUUUAUUGGAACAUGGGUCUACCAUUAAAUGUAAAUGAACUCAUUGGUUAUUGUGAUGAAAUGUAAAUAUAUGUGGGUAAGGUCAGGUUUUGUAAAAAAUAAAAGUGUACAUAAUAUACCUAUAUAUUUGUGCAGCUAUUUAUUGUUUGUGCGAAUAUAAAUUCACUAAACGUUAA